AUGCUCUCGGUGAACGUGUCGUCAGCGGGCCCUCGGGCGCGAUGCCUUGCCCACAGGUCGUGUGUUCGUUUCAACGGCCUCAUGGACCUAAACCGCAUCCCCAGCUCCACCCAUGGCCACGACUUCCAUAGCGGCCAGAGCCGCGUGGUGAUGGUGCGCAAGACGGAGCAGCGUACCUUCGCGUCGGCCAGAAACGGAGAGGAGCCGAAGUUCGAGACAGUGACGCGCGAGACGGUGCAGACGUUCAGCGGCAGCCGGUCGCAGAAGUCGACGUCGGAGAAGCGCGAUGUGUUUAAGGGCCUGCCCCAGCAGCUGGGCGCGGCGCUCGAGCCACAGCCCGCCGAAGAUAAGAAGGUGACUACUUCCAAGGGUGCAGAGAAGCCACAGGGCCCAUCCAUUCCAUUAUUUGGAAAGAAGAGCGCCAAAGAGGAGGGGAGCGAUGGUUACUCCAACUUCGCUGAGGACUGUUUGGCGGCCCACAACGUGUACCGCGCCAAGCACGACGUUCCGCCUCUCAAGCUGAGCAAGAAGAUGUGCCAAUACAGUGAAGAGUGGGCGAAACGUUUGGCGACCACAGGGAAACUGGAACAUCGUCCUAACAACGAAUUUGGAGAAAACUUGUUCUGUGUCUGGUCGUCUGAUCCUAAUCAUAAAGUUACUGGUCGAGAGCCAGUUGAUAACUGGUAUGCCGAAAUCAAGAACCAUGUCUUUGGUAAAGAACCGCGUGACCUUAAAACAGGUCAUUUCACGCAAGUGGUGUGGAAAGAUAGUAGAACAUUGGGUGUAGGAAUGGCGAGGAGUCGAGGAGGUAACACAUUCGUCGUCGCCAACUACGAUCCUCCAGGAAACUUCAUCGGCAAUUUUGCGACGCAUGUUCCACCCGUUGGGGGCUUUCCGAAGAGCGCGCAGCCGCAGGCGCAGGCGGCGGCGCGCCACGCCCCCGUGGAGCGCGCGGCUGCGCAGACGGACGCCGAGCUGCAGGUCGAGGCGUUGCGCCUGCACAACGAACUGCGCACCAAGCACGGCGUGGCGCCCCUCACUCUGGACCCCGAGCUCUGCAGCUACGCUGCUGAAUGGGCGGCUGUGCUGGCCCGAGAGAAUCGAUUCGCUCACCGUCCGGAGAGCACGUACGGAGAAAACAUCUACUGCCACUGGUCCUCCGACGUCGAAGCAGCGUCCGAAAUAGGAGCGAAGGACGCUAUACAAGCGUGGUACAAUGAAAUGAAGGACUUCGAGUUUGGAAGCGAACCACGCUCCCUAAAAUCAGGCCACUUCACGCAGGUGAUCUGGAAGGGGUCGCGCAAGCUGGGCAUCGGGCGCGCGCGCGACGGCGGCCGAGUGCUCAUCGUCGCCAACUACGACCCUCGCGGCAACUUCAUCGGCCAGUUCUCCGCCAACGUGCCGCCGCCCAAGAGGCCCUGAGGGCGUGCACCCUCGCGGGCCCCGGGGCGGCCGCUCUCUCGGCGCUCGCGCCGGCGUGAACCCGCUAGUUGAGGCGGCUCUUCACUUUCGACCACUGCCCGCCCGACCCCCAGCGGAAAAGGUGCGCGGCGAUUGUUCGCUUUCUUUGAGGUGUCGUUCAACCUAUCUGCUCUACUCGGGAGUGGGCGAGCGGUCGCUCGUUAUUCGCCGAAUGCAUGGAGUCGCCUUUAAGAAGGCUCCACACUUGCGGCAUUCAGCAACCGUUCGCAGAAUCCCGAAUAGUGUGGACGGGUUGCUUGCGAUUCGCCGAGUAGCGAGCAUUCGGUAUUCGCCCAACCCACCGCGUGUCAGUCUUUAGGACACAUCAAAGGGAGCGAACAUUUGCUGAACACAUCAGCUGCUCGGCAUUGGGCGAGCAGUAGCUGCUCGACGAAUGCCGAAUGUUUGGAGCAGCCUUUAGACACAGCUAUCAGCUCCGAUGGCAAUUCGAACGGCAAACCGGCAAACUACCCGCGAGCGUCUUAUGUAUGCCAAUACUUUUAGGGCGCAGUGGACACUCCGCUACGCGUGUCCAAGCUUCCGCCUUCAUCCUACACGAUUAACAUGAAGCCUCCUUGAGUCUGACCAAUGCAUACUUUCCAACUCAAUUCACACCAAAGUACCUUUUUACCGGAUUUUUUAAGGAAAUAAGAAGAAAAACAGAAAAUGAAUUCAAAUACUUUAUUUACCAAUAUCAAAAGAAAAUAUUAAAAUUCUUCAAGCCAAUGAAACUAUGAAACAAUUAUCUGAACAAAAAAUGACUAAUCUGCGUAAUUUACAAUGCAUUUGUUUUUGCAAAACUGCAAUACAAAGUUGUUUCAAUUGAAAUAUAAUCUUCAAAGUUUGGAACUAACAUGCGGACGUACUAAGAGCCAACGAAUGGCUACUGCGCCUCUCCCCCGAAAUGGUAUGAAACCUCAAGUGCUUGGCAGGCUCUUCUUCCUUAGUUAACCGGUUUAUCGUCAUUGCUGCCAUUCGAGCAUAUGGCUACCUCUAACGGCUAGUCAUGUCCCCUUCCAACCCGCCCCACACGCUCCCCUCCCGUCACCGCUCAGGCUCCUCGCAGUGUUGGGCGCUGCUUUUUCUACGCUCUUCCUAUUCCUUCUUCAUGUACAGACGUCCUCCUUCAAUUUCCUGCAUUCUUUUUUAAGCUCAUUACUCCCAAUAUUAAAAUAAACUAUACAUAAUAGUUCUUACAUUCUUUUGUAGUGGUGAACGAAUGAGCUGCCUCUUAAAAGUUCCUAUGUGGACAAGAAUUCAAUACAAAUUAUUUUAUUUAUUUG